UGCGCUGCUACGUGGCGGAUAGUAAAAACAAGCACGGUUAGCGAUGUUUGUACUAAAUAACCCUCUGUUGUUUUUACUUACAAAACGAUUAAGACUACCUAGCAAAUUAAAUAAAUUAUUUAUAAGACCUAAAAGGACUGCUUGAUGUCUAGUUGAAUCGAAUUUUAUAAUCAGUGCAUAAUUAACAGACGAACAUUAUCAACAACCAACUAUACUCUUACUUAAUUAGAUGUUUGUUAACGAAAUUUUAAUUUAGGCCAACCCUCGUAGAAUAAGAUAAUCCGAGUCUCUGAUGAAAAUAAAGGGAGGAUUUAGGGACGUCUUUAGAAAAUGAUCUAAUUACAGAUCCUCAUGGCCAACCACAACGCGGUGCUGGAUUUAGCCAAGAAGAAAAAAUACAAAGACGCUCUAUAUUUACAUAAUCACAGUCUCGACGAGCAAACAAAGGUAUUUGGACCUGAGCACCCCAUAGUGGCAUCAACCCUAAACAGUAUGGGUUCUAUUCUUUGCAAGUUGAAUUUCGCGGAAUGCGCAAUAGAAUGCUAUGAACAAGCUCUGGAAAUUAGGACAAAAUCGAAUGGUCAAGAUAGUUUGAAGGUUGCGGAUACGGCGUACAAUCUGGCUCUCGCAUUGACAGAAAUAAACAAUUACAGCGAAGCUGAAAAAUAUUUCCUUCAAGCUUUGGAAAUUUACCUCAAGAGUCCAGAGCCUAACUGGUGUUUGGUUUCUACCAUUCUGCAUUGUCUCGGAGGAGUGCUUUACUUUCUGGGAAAACUUGACGAAGCUUUAGAAUGGUAUAAAAAAACAUUGGAGAUCAGAUUGAACUUCAACCCAUUAGAUUUUUUAUCGGUGACCUAACAUACAAUGCUAAUGUC